AUGAAUGGAUAAUCGUUGGAAAAGCAAGUGAGUUCUGAUGAUUUGAUUGAUUGGGUUUUAUUCCGGCGACCUCUUACAGUUAACAGAUGGUUCCGCCGUAUCGAUUUCUCGUGGGUAGGAUUUUAUGACCGUUCGAUUUGAAUUUUGAAAGCAGCGUUCUUCGUCAUCUGGUUUUGGACAGUUCAGAGGUUCUUAGUGGAUCUGCGUAUGUUUGAUUUCUUCGAAAUGUUGUUGACAUUUUAGAAGGUGAGAGAAGAAUCGGUAUUUUAAGUUGUUUCAAUUGUUGUUCUUCGGUGGUGGUUCUUGUAUUGGCACGGUAUUGAAAUUGAAACAGAAGAAGUUUAAGAAGAUCUAGGGUUAGGGUGUACCAUCAGAAGGGGAGAUGUUCAAUAAAAUCAUUAAGCGUGGGCAUCGCAAGGUCUCCAAGUCGGAUCUCCAUGAGCCUGCAAUAUAUGGAAAUGGUGCGUCGGCGUAUCGGAAUUCUGGAUCGGUUUCCACAUCGAAUGUAACCGUGAACCAUGCCUCUCGACCCACCAUUGUUCCCUCUGGCGCCAAUUCUCAGCAAAAUGCCGCAGCAGCAGGUGCCAAUGUACUCAGCCCCAGUGGGCUUUCGUCGGGUAUCGUUGAAACUCUUCCCAUGUUCAGAGAGGUUGCCGCUGCCGAUCGCCCCGCUUUGUUCCUCCGAAAGCUCCAACUUUGCUCCAUCCUUUUUGAUUUUUCUGAGACGUUGAAAUCGAUUCGGGAGAAGGAGACUAAGCGUCAGACUCUUCUUGAACUUGUAGAUUUCAUACAAUCGGGUUCUGGCAGGCUUAGUGAGGAACUCCAGGAAGAGAUGGUACGGAUGAUUUCCAUCAACGUUUUCCGUUGCCUCCCUCCAUCUUCCCAUGAGAAUACAGGCGCCGAAGCCAUUGACCCAGAGGAGGAUGAACCGUAUCUCGAGCCCUCGUGGCCUCACUUGCAGCUUGUGUAUGAGCUGCUCUUGAGGUACGUUGUGUCGUCUGAUACUGACACUAAGAUCGCUAAACGUUACAUUGAUCAUUCCGUUGUUUUAAAACUCCUUGAUUUAUUUGAUUCCGAGGAUCCCCGUGAGCGGGAGUACUUGAAGACCAUUCUCCAUCGUAUAUAUGGGAAGUUCAUGGUGCACCGUCCUUUCAUAAGGAAGGCUAUAAACAACAUUUUUUAUCGUUUCAUAUUUGAGACGGAGAGACACAGUGGAAUUGGGGAGUUGCUGGAGAUUCUCGGGAGCAUAAUAAAUGGGUUUGCCUUGCCAAUGAAGGAGGAGCAUAAGUUGUUCCUCGUUCGUGCUCUUAUCCCACUCCACAAGCCUAAAUCUAUUGCUUUGUAUCAUCAACAGCUCUCCUACUGUAUAACGCAGUUUGUUGAGAAGGAUUACAAGUUGGCAGAUAUUGUCAUCAGGGGGUUUCUAAAGUACUGGCCAGUCACAAAUUGUCAGAAGGAGGUUCUCCUUCUCGGAGAACUCGAAGAAGUGCUGGAGCUUACACAGGCUGCAGAAUUUCAACGUUGCAUGGUUCCACUUUUCAGACAGAUUGGGCGUUGCCUUAAUAGCUCCCAUUUCCAGGUAGCAGAGCGAGCCCUGUUUUUGUGGAACAAUGAUCACAUUGUGAGCUUGAUCGCACAGAACCGUAGCGUGAUAUUCCCACUUAUUUUUGAACCACUGGAGACGAACAUAAAGAGCCAUUGGAAUCAGGCUGUUCAUGGGCUGACAGCCAAUGUGCGAAAGAUGUUCUUGGAGAUGGACAAUGAGUUGUUUGAAGAGUGCUUAAGGCAGUACCAAGAGAAAGUGACCAAUGCCAAAGAAUUAGAAGAACAGCGAGAGUUGACAUGGAAGAGACUGGAAGCUGUUGCAGCCAAGGCUGGAGGAGAGGACAUGGUUUUGGUAAACUGAUAUAGUUGGAUGCCCUGUCGAUCAGAUUGGAUAGAUAGGUGACUAAGGUGGGUAAUACUGGCUUCUCUUCAUUCUAGUUGGAUUUUUUUUUUUUUUUUUUGGUGGGGAUGAGAGGGGAGGGGUGUUGGAAAAUGUCCUAUUGGGUAUGCAAGAAAGGCAGUGAGUAGUGUAAGUAACAAAUGUAUCAAAAUAUGUGGACAAUAUGCUGCAGAUUAUGAAUGCUUGUGAAGAUUUCCAGCAAA